AUGAAUCCGCCUACCGAAGUCGCAGGCAAGAAGCGCAAAGUUGCGUUCGAUAGACCGACUUUGACUUCACAAGCCCGCAAACGACAAAAAGCACAAGAUGCGCGGGCAAUACCUACCCAGCGAGGUACAUCUGUGUCCGCAAAUGGGGAACUCAAUAUUGCGUCCUUCAUCAAGGCGCGAGAGUUCGAGAUUAGUGCCCUUGAUAAAAGCAUGCGCACCUCUCGCAAUGCCUUGACGUCGAGAGCCUUCCAACAAGUCCCAAGACACAUGAGGAGGAGGACUGCCAGUCAUAAUGCCAAAAAAGUCCCUCGUCGACUACGGAGAAAAGCAGAACGUGAGAUGACGGAAGAUAACACCCCGAUUGUGACCAAGCGAAGACGCACCCCUUCCAGAAAACUACGACUCAGACUCGACCGAGCGAAACUUCUUGGGAACCUGAACCAAAAGUCCAAAACAGUCCGCCAGAAGAAGAGAGACGCGAAGGCGAAUGCAAAGAAAGACGACCCAGAGAACCACACCCUGAUCUCGCGAAUACCACGGUUGAAGAAGAACACACUGACAGAAGCACCGAGGGCAACAGUCAAGUAUAAGAAGAGACAAGUCAAUAAAACAUGGCUCCCUACACAUCUAUGGCACACCAAGCGAGCCCACAUGACUCGCCCAACAGAACCGUUAUGGAGAAUAGCCAUUCCUUUACGCCCCACAGAGAAAAGUUAUCGUCCUAGCCAUCGAGCUGCUGGUCAACGUGGAUGCAUUGCCUGGGAUUGCAGUUACAUGUCAUCCGUUGCUUGUCGUGGAACGGAGUCGGCUAUACAGAGUCUGCUAGGCGCCCUUGGGUUUGUGCCUCAAAGUCUGUCUGCAGCACUUCAAAAGAAGUGGAAAUCAGGGACCCGUUUUGCAGAAGGCUGGGUUCAUGAAAGAGACAACAAAAACCGGCCUGUCGCUCCGGUGAGGGUGCUUUUCAUUGUGAAAACGCCAAAAGCGGAAAUGAAGUCAGCUCCUGCUUCGGUAGAUGUCCUGGAUGAUGCCUCAAGACCUGAUGGUAUAAAUCAGUCAAAUUCGCAUUCUCGGACAAGAACGAAAUUGAAUUGCGAAAUACUGAUUCAAAUACAUCCUUCCGCUUUUCAUCAGUUCUGGAGUGAGCUUAUCACGGUCGCAAAGGUGCAGAAACCGCAAGUCUUGGUUGAAGACCUGAGAUUCGAGUUGGGAAGCAUUGAAGUUCAAGGUCCAGGAUCCACAGAGGCCCUCUUGGGCGUCCUUCGCCCCGUACCAGAGAAUCCUAAAUCCUCAAACUCUCAUUCACACAUCUGGAGAACUCUAGCUGGACUCAAUAAUCCGGGAUUAUUACCACAGAAUGCUUUACUUUCUUUUGAUAUUGCAGACCCUCGUCUCAAUCACCCUCCGACUCAAAUCAGAAUUCCCAACGAUCCUGACCAUCCCGAGUUGAACGAGAUACUGGUAAAUUGGCCUGUUGACAACACCUUGACAUCGUCCCGUCUGUUCUCGCACAAGGUUCGUUUCGCUUUGGGUAAUUCUCUGCCCUCACAAAAGGCGAUCAGUCGACGAAGGGCACUUACUCCGCCCGGACAAAGCCCAACGCUGCACGAGAAGGAUCCACAAAUUCCAGUAAUUCUCCUGGCAUCAAGGGCGGAAAGCUCAACUGGUCAAGCAAGUACGAGCUCGCAGGGCAAAUGGACCGUCCUCCUACCAUGGUUCUGUGUUGACCUAGUAUGGCGAUCGCUGAUGUAUUACCCUCUCUCAUCAGGUGGCACUCCGCGGUUUGGUGGACUGAACCAAAAACAACAACUGGCAUUUGAACAACAGAUUCCCUGGUUUCCAGCCGACUUUCCAGGCACCGAAGCAGGAAAGGCAUGGGAUCGUACAGAAAGUGAGAGGAAGUUUGAUGAAUGGAUUCGAAGGCCACCUAAAAGUCGGGUUGCUUGGGACAAACUUGAUUUAGGUGCAGAAAGAAUCGGAGAAAUCGGCCGUGGUUGGGCCUGUGAUUGGGAAUUUUUAUUCGAAAGUGGGCCCCCAUCGUCGGAGACCAAAGCAGUUCAUAAGGAAGACAGGACACAAGGAACGAGUGACCAGCCUCCAUUGACACAGCGACAACGUAAAGCGGCAAAGGCAAAGGCAGAAACCGAAAAAGAGCAAGCGGCCAGACGUCGCAAUACUUCAAGCCCUGAAAGCGAGGCUGAAGUAUUAGACAUGUCAUUGCCUUCAACAGUCAGCAGCUACACCCAACUGACGUCCGCGGCGACCAAGUCUCUAAUCGCCAGACCCUCUCAAACUGAGUUGCCAGCUCAUCCAGCACUACUGACCAUACGCAUCACAUUCCUUGAUCGCGGUACACCAACUCGAGGGGCUCGAAUUUACCGACUUCCCACCACAGCACCCAAACAAGUCUCGCAGCCAAUUGACUUACAACCAACGACAGUAUCAGACUGCGAAAGACAAACCCAGCCGCAACAACUCUGGUCUUCAGGAUUACCACCGGCAGCACAACGCCCUCCACCAACGCUAAGCACAGCCGAUAAUAGCUCAUCAUCGAACCCCGGUACAUCAGAAGCCGACAUUUUACACAGUCGCUGGCUUGCCCUCGUAGAUUCGCACUCAAACGGCACCACUCGGCUGAAACAAAACGAGCACUAUCCAAAGCCCAAAAUCAAUCGAUUCGGCAUGCCUGCCACAAAGAGCGCACUUCCUCGAGAAUCCCUUUUUCGCGUCAACGUGCUACCCAAGAAUGCCCCGAAGGAGAUCAUCGACAAAUACGGGCCCGAUAGCGCAUACGGACGCGGAGACGGUGAGAUCCCGAAAAUCAUACCUCAAUCCAAGAAGAGCAACCCUACCGGAGGAAGCAAGAAAUCCAACAGCAAGGCUCCAUCCACCAGCAUCCACAACGAUAGCGUUCCAGUACCAGAAUCAAACCCAAUAUACACACCAUCUGAAGAUCUACUACCCACACAACCCCCAUCAACCCAAUUCCAGCUGCAACCCCAAAACGACCUUCUCCCCCUCUCCUCACACAGCACGCACAAACAUCACCCACCAGUCCCACAUGCCCACGACCUGAUCGGCUUCGUGACGACGAACAGCACGACCGCCACCUCCAGCAGCAGCGCCGGCUAUAACCUCUCGGAAGGCCGCGGCACCGCCAUCGGCAGUAUCUGGGCGCAGCGUGUAGUGGAGGGCUGGGACGCCGUUGCGUUGACAGAAGCACAAGGACAAGGACCAGGACAGAGCGAUUCUGGCAGGAGGCACAGGCACGGCACGAGAUUCCUAUGUAUCGUCCGCAAUGCCGGAGAGAGCGUGGGCCGCUUGGCGCGCUGGGAGGUUUGCGGGUGA